AUGCUGCUCCACCUUCUGGUAGGCAUGUUCUCAGGACGGGCACUUGACGCGGGCUUUUUCAAAUGGGUUCUGAUCCCAGGAGUUAUUUGUACGACGGUUGGGUUGAUGUUGACGUCGAUCAGCACUCAAUACUACCAACUGUUCUUGGCCCAGGGCCUUCUGUUUGGCAUUGGAUGUGGCCUCCAAUUUACGCCAUGUGUAUCAGUCGUCUAUACAUAUUUCAGUUCAAGAAAAGCUUUAGCAUGUGCUGUGGUGGCCUCCGGAGGCGCAACUGGAGGUUUGAUUUUCCCUACAAUUGCACGUCAGUUGCUCCCCAAGUUGGGGUUCGCAUGGACGAUGCGUAUAAAUGCAUUCGUCGGGCUCGCUGUUGGCUGUUGCUAUUGUGUCUUCCUCAAACCUCGCAUCCCACCUCGAAAAAGCGGUCCCCUCCUUGAAUUGCGGGCAUUCAAGGAGGCGCCGUACACGCUGUAUGUUCUAGGCGUCUUCCUCACCAGUUUCGGACAGCUGUGGGCAUUCUAUUACAUUGGACCUUAUGCCAUUGACGUGCUCGGCGCUUCCUACAGCGAAUCUAUCAACCUUCUCAUGGUGCUCAAUGGUGUUGGUCUUGCAGGCCGAAUCAUCCCGUCAUAUUUCGCAGACACUGUACUUGGAGGUCUCAACACGAUGAUUCCAGCAAUUCUCGCCAGCAGCGUCAUCAUGUUCUGCUGGCCGGCCGUCAACUCAAUGGCUGGGUUGUACGUGUACGCCGUAGUGCAGGGCUUCGUGGCUGCCUCCUUCCAAGGACUAUUUCCGUCUACACUGGGGACAUUGACGACGGAUAUGACCAAGAUCGGUGUCAGGACUGGACAGGGUUUCAGCGUGAUCGCAUUUGCGAAUCUACUCGGCCCGCCAAUUGCUGGAGCUCUGGUGCAAAGAUCUGGAGGCAAGUAUCUCUCCGCCCAAAUGUGGAGUGCUAGCAUGAUUUUACUGGGAGGUCUAGUGCUUUUGGCCGCUAGGAUUAAGUUGACGGGUCUCAAACUUCGAGCCAAAGUUUGA